AUGGCCACACCCUUCUCCAAAAGCCAGGACUUUUCCUGGCGACUUCUCGAAUUCUUUGUGCUGGAAGGCAGCAAAGGCAUGAGCGGUCGUCUGCCCGGAAAUGAUCCCUUCGUUCGGCUGGUGCUGCAGCUCUCCCAGUCGGACAAUCUCAUAUGGAGUGCACUAUUGGCGUUCAGUGGCAGUCGCAUGGCCGUCAUGUAUGCUCUGCCCACGCUGGAACACACCACACACACGAGACCCUGGUCCAACUACGAGCGGCGCUCGGGCAGGGGCACUGGCCGCCGGAAACGGUCACUCCUAGGGAACCCACGUAAUUAUCUUCGAUCGCACCUUCGGGCGACCCGGGAGCUGGUUAAGAUCGCGCAGGGACACGCCUCCGCGCACCAGUACUCGGAGAUCUACGGCGUUCUUUUCGAGGUCUACACCUACUAUUCGAGCAUGAUCACCUUUCAAUAUUCGGCCGAAGAGGUUGACAUUUACGCAAACAUCGAAUCCUUGCAGUUUUACCGCUCCCUGCGCGGCUACAGCACCUUUGGCUACAUCAUGGUGGCUGCGUGUGACCUGUUCACCCUGAUGCCCGAGGUCGCCCUAUUCGGCCUUCUAAUCCGCAACUCGACCAAGGAAGACCGCCGCUGCCUCGGGGUCGACCUCUUGUACCGCCGCCUGGCCGCCGAUAUCAUGGCCUGGCAGGACCACAGCCUAGCCCAACCGCUCCCCGAGGUCGAAGCAUCGGUCAAGGUGACGCUGAUUUACCAAAAUGCGCUUCUGGCCUUCUUGCACGCUUCUUACCUCUGCGAGGACACGGAUCGUCAUCUGCUGUACAUGACGCUGAAGCCCAUUGUCGCAGACGCCUUGUCCCUCUUCGAGAGCGUAAAAGCCAUGACGGUGGCCGUGACAUCCUUCUGGCCCCUGGUGAUCUUGGGGUCCUGCCUGCGGGAGCAACAAGACAAGGAUCGGCUGCUGUCCUACCUCAACCAACAAAGCUACAAGUCGGGCAUUCAGGGAAGAGCGUGUAAGGCUCUGAUGUGGAUGUGGGGGCGCCAAUCCGAAGGAGAAGGUGUUUUCGGCCCUGUCGGCCUCGAAAGGUACACAAGGGAAAACAACAGCGGCCUUUUCAUCGGCUAG